UGUAACCCUAAUCCCUUCUGGGAUUCUCCCAAGCUCACUCGAUCAUGCUCAAACCUGGAAAGAAGGGAUGUUCUUGGUAAUACAAUUCAUCAAUUCCCAGAUUUAAAGUCGCAAUCUUUCGAGAAUUUACAGGAACUUACAGCAGGUAAAGUGGCUGCUAAUCUUGAAAGCCCCAGGUCGAGAAUUUACAGGAACUCACCUGUUGAACCUUAUGUGGGACAGGAGUUUGAGUCAGAAGUAGAGGCACAUGUAUUCUACAAUGCAUAUGCCACGAGUGUUGGAUUCAUCGUACGUGUUAGUAAACUCUCGCGAUCAAGGAUCGAUAAUUCUACUAUUGGGCGGAUUUUUGUCUGCAACAAAGAGGGAUACAGGAUGACUGACAAGCGUGAAAAUGUUAUACGGCAAAGGGCUGAGACAAUGGUUGGUUGCAAGGCAAUGAUAAUGGUAAGGAAAGUAAAAUCCGUUAGCUGGGUUGUUACAUGUUUUGUAAAGGAACACACACACCCUCUUGCUGGUCCAGGAGGUGGCAGAAGGGAUUUCAUCUACGAACAAUAUCCGGGCGAAUGGGAUAGAAUUCGGGAAUUAAAUCAGCAGUUGACAGCAGAGAAAAAGAGGUCUGUCACCUACAAAAGACAUCUUGAAGUUGAGCACAUUGACGUCGACGAGUAUAACGAGAGCCUAUUGAAGAAAAUACAACACAUAGUAUACAAUGUAAAGGAGAUGGAAAGCAAAGAAGAACAAAGUCAAUUGAACUUUCAAUCAGCCACCCUUUAAAUAAUUUUCCGUCCGACGAAACACAGAAACCAACCGUCAAUUCAAAAAUACUGCGAUGCGAAGCAUACAAAGUGUAAUGUUAGUAGUAUUCUGCUAAUUGCUGAUCCUAGGGUGUUUGCUCUCUGUUCCUACUUUAGAUGUCUGGUGGGGUUCUCAUGCAAUGAAAUUCAUUGUAUUGUUUUCUUAUUUAUGCUACGAAUGAAUGACACUUUUAAUUGGUAGAAGAAGAAAGCCAAUUACUGUCAAUGCCUGGUUUCAUCUGAGUUGAUUCUUGUGGUGUUGUGCCAAAAAUAUGAUAUUAUUACUCAAGAGAGGCAUUUCAAAUGCCAUGGUAGAGUUGAAUUGUUCCAUUUUUUUAUUGGGUUUGUAAAACAUGAUCCAAGGCUUUGACUCUUGUGUCUAGUAAUGAUUAAUCUAUUUUGUAUAUAUAAUGAGACUUGUAUGAGCAUGUUGUGCUCC